AUGGCCGACAUUGAAAAGUCUGAAAAAUGGACAUAUGUGAAGGAGCGCAAGGUUGGUGAAGGUACAUAUGCCGUUGUCUUCUUGGGCCGGCAAAAAGAAACAAACAGAAAGGUUGCUAUAAAGAAAAUUAAACUCAGUCAAUUCAAAGAUGGACUCGACAUUAGUGCAAUUCGCGAGGUGAAGUUUCUUCGAGAGAUUAAACACGAAAAUAUUAUUGAAUUAGUUGACGUGUUUUCUACGAAAUCGAACUUAAACUUAAUUUUGGAGUUCUUGGAAAGUGACUUGGAAAUGUUAAUUAAGGACCGGUCUAUCGUCUUUCAACCGGCUCAUAUAAAGACCUGGAUGGUCAUGCUUCUUCGUGGGUUACACUUUAUUCAUUCUCGAUUCAUUUUACAUCGUGAUUUAAAGCCUAAUAACUUGCUGAUUUCAAGCGACGGAAAACUGAAACUUGCUGAUUUUGGUUUGGCCCGUGACUAUGGUACAACGAACAACAUGAGCCACCAAGUUGUUACCCGUUGGUACCGGUCGCCGGAACUGCUAAUGGGUGCUCGAGCAUACGGUACGGGCGUUGACAUGUGGAGUGUUGGCUGUAUUUUCGCCGAGUUGAUGCUUCGAACACCAUACCUUCCUGGUGAGUCUGAUUUGGAUCAAUUGAACGUCAUUUUCCGAGCCUUGGGUUCACCGGAUCCUAGUGUUUGGCCAGCCAUGAAAAAGCUUCCCAACUACGUGGAAAUGAAGGCCAUGCCUCCACCGAAUGGAGGUAUGGAAGCUCUGUUCUCUGCCGCUGGUUACGAAGAGAUCAAUCUUCUCAAGACAAUGCUUCAUUACAACCCAGACAAACGUCCCACUACAUUGGAGGCCCUGCAGCAUCCUUACUUUUCCUGUGCACCUCCACCCAUCCCCCAUCAAUAUCUCCCGCGCAAGGGAGGUGAGAGCGGUGUACAGCAAGUUUCCAACGAUUUACAACGUCAAGGUGCCGGAGGAACUGCUCAAGCAGUCCGGUAA